CGCAGAGACAAAACAGGGAUGAUAGCCUUUCUUUUUAGUGCACAGGAAUCAUUUCAUUGAUCUCACGGUUCGUUGAACUCUCUACACAUAAGAAGAUACCCGCAUUGUGAACCUGUAGUGUAGCUGACAAGGUGUGCCAAUUCGAGACCCUUUUAAUACCGUAAUUCUAAAGGAUUCUACAAUACAAUGCAAAACGGAUAUGCGGCACAGAAGAUUUCCACUUCCAGUGGACUCCAAGACUUGCAGAGUCUGGAACAGGAAGUAGUUGGCUUGCUUGAGACAGCGGGUGAGGUUUUCGCCGGAUUGUCGAGUCCCGAGCCCGUGGCAUUGGACAUUAAUCGAUUGGCCAAGGUGUAUAUUAAAGCCGUAACGAACAUAGGCAAAGAAUUGAACAAGCAGGUGUACAAGCUAUCGGGAACUACGGACUACAAUCUGAGCUCAUACGGGGUCGCAAAAGACCUGGAACAUGUCGCCUGGGAAACGGAUGUAGUACAUGAUCUACUGAAGCAGGCGUGUGAGCUGAAUGUUCAGGGCUCGAAACUUUGUAUUGAAUCAGCGCAAGCGGCAUCCGAUCUUGUGCAGCAAUCCAUGCAGGAUUCGUCGAAUUUGGCUGCUGGGCUGAACUUACCCAGUGAUGGUUUCGCCGUCGAUGUAACGCAACCAUUGAUUGGAGCAACUCAACCACCGAUUGCGGGCACUAAUCUUGGGCCGGAGAUAAAUCAACUCGUACCCGAGGGUUCUCAAGCACUGCCAGAAGGUGUCGCGGCUGCCAUGACUGCUGAAUCUGGAAUCACGAUAAUGCCGAUGGACGAUACUGGGCUGGCUACUAUCAAAUCUGAGGCGGAGAGCGCAAAACUAGAUACAACCACGUAAAAUCCACCUAGAUUCAGUGUAUGCACAGGAAUUUGAUCCAUGCAGAUGUGCCCAACAGUCUGUGUAUCUUCUCUGGAGGGACUCGCCGGUCCUAUUAGUAGCGUACAGGCCCUGCUACAGUAGCGUACCGUACAUACAGCCCACAGCCCUGUACUAUCUACGUGCGCUGUAGCGGCUGCGAAGUGCACAAUAUGGUCUCGAUACGAUUUAUUUUUGAGGGUUCUGCUUUCGGGUGUGCAGAAGAGAUCGGCGCCAGUCGACCCACUUGUGUGCACGUAUAUGUCUGUCGCAAGCAAGGGUGGGACGCUGUCAGCUUUAGACUCGUGGUUGAAUCUGUUAGUUUUAACACGAAACAGGUUAUGAUAGGCUAUUCAUAAUCGGAUGGCCGGAAUGGUACGUUAAUGUCCUCCAGCAAGACCAGAAGACUGUUCAAAGAGACGCUGACGCCCAAAUAGGACCACUAAGAAGAGCACAAGACCUGCGUGUACAUAUGGCUGCACACAGCCUCGCGCAGUAGGCAACACCAACCACAACACGCGCGAGUAUACGUGUGUAAAACUGUACCUCGUCUCAAGUCGUAGAAAGUCCACGAUGCCACAAAGUCUCUUAGCCAAAGGUACAGAUGAAACUUCUUGCGCACAGCAAGUUUGCUGAGUAUGUAUAGUCCGAGCUUUCCUUGGCGCACUUCCGAGCGAAGAAACGUGAAUGCGUUUCGGCCCUCGAGGUAUGGUGCACAGUGCACCCACACACCGACCGCAAAUCUAAGCAACCCUGCACUACUAUAAUUGGUCUUAAUCGAAUUUCGGUUUGGCUUAUCCCCUCCAUACGUUUGGAAACAUAUUGUGCAAGUCUGAUAGUGCAUGUAGGCAUGGUAUCGGAUAUGAGGAUGACGACCCGCCCAUACGAUAGUAAUAUUAGAUUGUACCAACGAUUAGGUGGAGGGCUCACGUCGGAUCAAGCACCGCUUUUAAUAUAAAGCAACAAUGUGGGUGUGAGGCAGACUAUUCCACUGUUGGAUGCGAAGCAGUAGGUGUAUAUUUCCUUCCUAUAGCAGAGUAUAUGAAUAUUGAGGAUGAGAUGAGCCUGAUUCGUAUUGUAGCAUAGAGGAGCUAAACGUUUUACCGGGCAUUGUGAUAUUUUCCAACGCAUUGUGGGCUAUCAUGAUCGAUUGAGCAACGAGAAACGGCAACACACGUGCACUAUUGUUCUAAAUUCGGUUGAGGCCGGAUGAACAGCUCUGCCUCGAUUGCGAUAACAACCGAAUAAAGUGAUGUAUGUUAUAC